AUGUCCAACGACGCCAUCAUCGACAGUGUUCGCUUCUAUCAGCCGUUCUGGUGGUGCAUGCGUCUGAUGGCACCGACAUUCUUCGGGUCAACACAACGUCCUGUCCAGAUCUACAUGGUGCUGCUGCAUGUGCUCGUGACCUUCAUGUUACCAGUGCAUCUGCUGAUUAAUCUGGCCCUGCAGCCCACCCCCGCCGAGCUCUUUAAGAACCUCAGCAUUUUGAUGAGUUGCGCGGCCUGCAGCCUUAAGCAUGUGGCAACUAUUUAUCAUCUACAGGAUAGUGUGGAAAUCGAGAGGCUGCUCAUCGAACUGGAUGGAUAUGUGGAUGGCGAGGAGGAGCAUCGUUACUACGCGGAUCAUUUGCAGUGCCAUGCGAGACGUUUCCUCCGAUGUCUGUACGCCAGCUUUGCCAUCUUCUACGUACUGUUUCUGCUCGGCAUUCUGAUUCUAAUUGCUUCCGCUGAUCGGCAGCUGCUGUAUCCCGCAUAUUUUCCCUUCGAUUGGCGUGCAAAUGGAUAUCUGUUUGCGAUGGCCCUUGGCUAUCAGAGCAUCAGCAUAUUGCUGGAGGGCGCUCAGGCUCUGGCCAAUGACAGCUAUGCUCCACUGACGCUCUGCUUUUUGGGUGGACACAUACAUAUGUGGGGCCUGCGUAUACGAAAACUGGGCUAUGCUGCGAAUCCCAUUGGUGUUAAUCACCAUCAACAGCUGUUUGCUUACAUAGAACAGCAUAAGACACUCAUGAGGCUCCAUUAUCUCACACGAAAUGCGAUAAGUGUCGUACAGCUCGUUCAAUUGGGCAGCUCUGGGGCCAGUCUCUGCCUGAUUGUGUCGUAUCUGCUGUUCUAUGUGAGGGAUAUCAUCACAGUGCUCUACUACAUGAUACUCUUUGCCGUGAUCUGUGUUCAGCUAUUUCCCAGCUGCUAUUUCGCCAGUGUCGUUGCCGAAGAGUUGGAAAGCUUACCCUAUGCGAUAUUUUCCAGCAAAUGGUAUGAAGAAUCGCGGCAGCAUCGACACGAUUUACUCAUCUUCACGCAACUCACGUUGAGUGGCAGGAGACGUGUGAUUAAGGCUGGUGGCAUCAUUGAACUCAAUUUAAAUGCCUUCUAUGCCACCCUCAAGACGGCCUACUCCCUCCUCGCGCUCGUUCUACAGGUGAAAGAUAUCUAG